AUGUUUUCAUCACCCAGUAAACUUCAAGUUUCUCCGCUGCGAAUCGCCUUGGUUUGCGCGUGUAUUAUUAUCCCCUUUUACAUUUACGGCCAACACGGAGCUGGACUCCCGGAUGUGGCAUCACCACCUCAACACGAUGCCGGUUCCCCGGCAAGCACGCGGGAGCUUCCGCUCGAAAUAGUGGUGGCCAGUAUGAAGCAUGAAGACACCAGCUGGGUGCACGAAUACCUGCCGGAUUGGCCGUCGAGUAUCUAUGUGGUUGAUGACCCUAAAGCUCCCCUCACGGUGCCCAAGAAUAAAGGCCAUGAGGCCAUGGUUUAUCUCACACAUAUCAUCGACCGCUACGACACCCUCGCCUCUACCACCGUCUUUGUCCACGCCCAACGCUUCGCCUGGCACAACGACGACCCAGACUAUGACGCCCUUGUUACCCUCCGGCAUCUUCAAACCCCCUACGUCCAAGCCUCCGGCUACGUCAACCUCCGCUGCGCCUGGAUCCUCGGCUGUCCCGCCGAAGUGCGCCCCAUCCAAGAUGCCAAGGAUCCCGCAGACCUGGACCUUUCCGACUCCGGACUCACCCUCAAGGACGUCUUCAAAUCCGCCUUCCAGCAGAUCCUGCCCGGGAUCCCCGUCCCCGAAGUUGUCGCCGUCUCCUGCUGCUCCCAAUUCGCUGUCUCCCGGGAAACCGUCCACAGCCGAUCGCGCGAGGACUAUAUCCGCCUGCGUGAGUGGCUGCUCAACACGGAAUUGGACGACAGUCUUUCUGGAAGAGUGUUUGAGUAUACCUGGCAUAUCAUCUUCGGGAAGACGGCUGUUUACUGCCCCGAUGCAGGCGAGUGUUAUUGCAAGGUCUUUGGGCUGUGCGAGCUCAGGGGGUGCAAUCAGGAUGGGUGCGCAGGGAGGUAUACUCUACCCAAGGUCGCGACAUUGCCGAGCGGGUGGCCGAGACUGGGCUGGGAGGGUGAGGAUAGGGGGUAUCGUGGUCCACCUGUUUGA